GGUACAUAUAGAUGAGGGUGACAGUUAUUAUUCAUGUCUAAGAGCUUCACGGCCACUGUUUGGAUGAUCAUCUGCCUCCUAAGGACCCACUCAUACACGACUUCAGUGGCCACUCUCAAGCCAGGGUUUCAUGAAGCAGACAGUCGAUUGGUACAAACUAAGAAAGUGGGUGGUUACCGGCAGCAGUAUCGCUGCUACAAAAAAAACCUCAACUGCCAAGUGAAACAGAAGGCGUGUUUAGAUGUUUCCCUUCUGUAUUCCCCCCCUUACCAUAUGAUCUGAAUUUACCUAUAAAACCCCUGCGCGCACCCAGAGGUUGAGUUCGUUAGAACUACAGCAUUCAGUAAGCCGCAGUCCACUGGCUGGCCCUUUUCUCUCUCCCCAGAAACACACACAUACACAGACUUUACUGCAGAGAUUCUGACAAUCGACUUGCCAUGUUACGAAAGAACACUGCCGUUCUUCGCCAGUCCAAAGUUCUACUUGGAGCCAUGUGUUUGGUUCUGACAGCCUGCACGCUAGGGAUAUCGUCACCGACGGAGAAAUCGUUCACUCAACAAGAUGACGACAUGCAGAAACUAAAGGUACUAACCAAGAUGGACCUAGAGGCACGAAACUUGACCGAACAAAUUGAUUCCUUGCUCCAGCAGCAAAAAGAAUUAUCCGAGCAAGAACCCGAAGACUUUGAACAGGAUCCUACUUCAGGGAAAGCAGAGACAGUCGCCAAGGGCUCGCGUAGGUGCCGGAAGUGCUUGCCACCAGAGCAGGAGAAAGAAAAACGAUUGGAGAUGAUCAAAGCACAAAUUCUCACUAAACUGGGGAUGACCCAGCCUCCAAACAUAACAAGAAAAAACUUGCAAAACAUCCCUCCCCUUUACGAUCUUAUUAACCGGUAUGAUAUUCAAGUUGAUGUCCCCUUUUUCCAACGAGACCAGCCUGAACCUGACGUACAGGAAGAAGAUACAGCCACGCCAGAUCUGGCGUUCGCAUUUGCAGCAGAUGACUUGUCAGAACAGGAUACAAUACCAGAGAAGAGCAUUCUUCACUUUGUCUUCUCCGAGAAAGUCAUGAAUUCCCAUCUAAGGAAGGCUCAUCUUUGGUUAUAUCUGAAGUCUAUUAAGGGUCUCCACAACGGAGGUGUCACAGUCUACAUCAAUCAGGUGGUUCAAGGUAUUGAAUCCCUCAGCCUGUUACAGUAUCGAGUCAAGCAUAUCGAUCUGAGAAGACAUCAUGGUCAUUGGAUCAAGUUAGACGUACGUAAAGUCGUGUCACAAUGGAUUCAUCAUCCUGAAGAUAACCUCGGGCUGGUGGUCGAUAUUGAAGAUUACAAGGGAAACAUCGCUUCCAUUGCAAAUCCUUCUGAGAAUGAUCAAGAGUCUCACAGACCGUUCAUACAGAUAGAAAUGAAGAAACCCCAAGCGAUGCGCUCCAAACGAGACACAGAUGGUCUUGUAUGUAAUCUGGAUACCACCGAGGUCAGGUGUUGUCGUUACCCUCUCACCGUCGAUUUUGUGGAGUUCAAAUGGGACUGGAUCAUCGCUCCACAGAGAUACGAAGCUAAUUAUUGCAGCGGAGAAUGCCCAUUUGUAUUUCUUCACCGCUACCCUCAUACCCAUUUAGUUCAACAAAUCGACCCCUACGGAUCUAUUGGCCCUUGCUGUGCGCCUUCUAAGAUGUCUUCCAUAAGUAUGUUGUACUUUGACGACAGCAGUAAUAUUAUUUUAGGAUAUUUACCAGGAAUGAUGGUAAAAAAGUGUGGCUGCUCGUAGUUAGGCUUAGAACAAAAUUGUUUUCUAGCUGUACUGUUCUUCGUGGACUAAUUAUAAUUUAAAGACUAAGCGUUCCUCGAGUUAUCAAUCAUCUGGCUUAAAGCCUUGAACUGUAAAGGAAUCUUUUGUUUUUACUCUACCGUCCAAUGGCCUACAUUAGAGGCUCAGUUGUGAGAUGUCAGGCCUAAGAUCAUUUUUAAUUUUAUCUCUAUUUGUAUGUGGAGAUUCAAAUAUGUACACAUACAUUCACAUACACACACACAGAAGCUGAGAAAAUAACCAAUUGCUUGUGAGUUUUGUAAUUGGGAUUGUCCACAGUAGAGUGUUUGCUAAGGGGGAGAGGGUUGCUUCAUUUGGAAUGUAAAUAAAAUAUAUUCUGACAUGACUCAUCCAGAGAAUUUACUGGUGCACACUAUGUAUAUGGAAUUUUUUUUGGGGGGGGGGAGUUGUGCUACCUAUAUAGUACAGCAGUAGAAAUGUGUAUAAGGAGUUGUAUACAGGGUAAAAUGUUGGCGAUAAUUUAGCAAACGUUCAGUAUUUAUCUUUCAUUACAAUUAACUCCUCCCUCCCUCCAAAAAAACAAACAAAAACAAACCAAAAACAUCUGCAAGCUGAUUACUGAAAACAAUUCUGUUUAUUACAUUUCUAUUUCGAAAAUCCCGGUUUGCAUUGGUUUUGCAUUAUCUAUGUAGAAUACAAAUGUUUAUUUUACUUGUAUAAUUUGUUAUAGUAUGUGUAGCGAGGAAGCCUAGAUGUUCGUAACCUUUGGAAUUUAUACGAUUAAUACUCUAUUCCUUCAAAAUAGACAAAUACAGUAAUAAAAUCAAAAAACGAAAUGGAAAUAUUAUGAUGGCAAUUUUUACUUGUAAUGAAAAAACAUUGUGAUCUAUAUCAACACGUGAUUCAUCGUUUGAUCAUGUUCAUCACACACUGGACCUGAAAUAGUAAAGAACAUUUCCCACCAUUCGUCUUACUUCUGUAUCGAAAUUAUGUUUACUAAGCAAGUCUUACAGGAAGCCAUGUGUGAUGUUUAUAUAUUUCGAAUGUCCCCAGUCUUUAUUUAUUACACUGCCUUACCCUUUCUCACUAACACCUAGCGUGAAUUCGAAUUUUGAUUUUUUUUGUCAGAAACAUGUGGUUUAGUACCGCAAAGCUGGUGCUAAUUACGUCUAAAAAU